AUGGCAGCCGCACCCGGGAGGGCGACGAGGGCUCUGGGCGAGGCCCGCGCCGAGGCGCGCUCUCCCGGCGAGGGCGGGCGGCUCGUCAUCUGGAACACCUUCUUCCACUACGAGGAGGAGGCGGAGCGCGGCCGCAUCGAGCGGCUGUUCCGCUGCCGGUCUGCCCCCGCGCCGCUGUGGGCCCAGCGGCCCGGCCGCACCUGCCCGGGCCCAGCGGCUGGCGCUGAGGCCCGCCAUGCCCAGCCCCGCGUCGCGGCCACCCUCGGUGCGGGGCCACCCGGCGCCGUGGAGUGGCGCACCACGGUGCUGCUGCGGAACGUGCCGUACCUGCUCUCCCGGGGCAUGCUCGUGGAGCUGUUGGACUCUCAGGGCUUGAAGGGGCAGUAUGACUUGGUGUACAUGCCCCGUGACUUUAACAGGGCGCAGACGUUGGGGUACGCCGUGGUGAACGCCGUGGACCCCCAGAUUGCUCUGCGCCUUUUUCGCGUCCUCAAUGGAUUCCAGUCGUGGCCGCUAAAGUGCAGGAGGAAGGUCUGCGCCGUGGACUGGUGCCAUCGCCAAGGCCUGCAGAGUAACCUCGGCUUCCUUCGCAACAGCUCUAUCAUGCACGAGUCGGUCCCUGAAGACUUCAAGCCGAUGUUCUUCUUGCAGGGCAAUCAGGUGCCCUUUCCCGCGUCCACGAAGAGACUCAGGAACUGGAAACGUCUGCGCCACAGGGCGGGUCGCUAA